CUAAGGAGUUUCGUGCUGGUUUAAUUAGUUUCCUUUAUUGUCCUGCCGUGGGGAUUAACAUUUCUUGGGUCAGCCGGGGAGAGAGUCACUUGAUUAUGUUUUAAGCGAGAGAAACAAGCAGGACUUCCAUUUCUCAACUAAGACAUUGAGGAGCCGAGAUUGGGGUCGACUCCUUUAGCCAUGUUGGCUGCGACGUGUAACAAAAUCGGGAGUCAGAGUCCUUCUCCUUCCUCUAUUUCGGAUAACUCCUCUUCGUUCGGAAAAGGAUUCCACCCGUGGAAACGAGCGACAGCCAGCAGCUGUAGUUUGGGAUCCAGUUUGUCCUCUUUCGCUCGGAAUGGUAGUGGUUUAAGCGACUCUUUUGGCACGAACACUUCCACGGGAUCCAGUGCUUUUUCCUUAACUUCUGGUACUUCAUCCAACUGCCAUUUCGGAAACGACUACUCCGUUUUCCAGGCGUCGGUUUCCAACAACUCCCAAGAGCCCAGCCACCAGCCCAUGUUUAUUUCCAAGGUGCACACGUCCGUGGACAGUUUGCAAAGCAUUUACCCGAGAAUGAGCGUGGCGCAUCCCUACGAAUCGUGGUUCAAGUCCUCGCACCCUGGCAUACCCACCGGGGAUGUGGGCACCACGGGCGCAUCCGCGUGGUGGGACGUGGGAGCCGGUUGGAUUGACGUGCAGAACCCGAACGGAACCGCGCUCCAGACGUCCCUUCACUCCGGUGGGCUGCAGACUUCUUUACACUCUCCUUUGGGGGGAUACAACUCAGACUACUCGAGUUUAAGCCACUCUGCCUUCAGUACCAGUGCGUCCCCGCAUCUCCUGACCACCGGUCAGCAUCUCAUCGACGGAUUCAAACCCGUGCUCUCUUCGUACCCGGACUCCAGUCCCUCUCCCCUGGGUGGAGCGGGAGGUUCCAUGUUGACAGGGGGUCCGACGGCCUCGUUGGCCGGGUCUCCGCGGUCCUCAGCGCGACGCUACUCGGGCAGAGCGACGUGCGACUGCCCGAACUGUCAAGAGGCGGAAAGACUGGGUCCAGCUGGCGCGAGCCUCCGGAGAAAAGGGCUACACAGCUGUCACAUUCCCGGGUGUGGGAAAGUGUACGGCAAAACGUCGCACCUCAAGGCGCAUUUGAGGUGGCACACCGGAGAGAGGCCGUUUGUGUGUAACUGGUUGUUCUGUGGGAAGAGGUUCACGCGCUCCGACGAGCUCCAGCGACAUUUGCGCACGCACACCGGCGAGAAGCGCUUCGCUUGUCCAGUGUGUAACAAGAGGUUUAUGCGGAGCGACCACCUCAGUAAACAUGUCAAAACGCACAGUGCCGGAGGCUCGUCAGGGUCGGGCUCUGGGACGAGUGGAGGAAAACGAGGGAGUGACACCGACAGCGAGCACAGUGUGCCCGGUAGCCCCUCGUGCCACUCACCUGACUUGUUGCAAACUUCCGAGUCUGUCCCGACGACGGGCUUGAAUGGCAGUGCAAACUCCCUCGAUUAAUCCCAUUCUAAAUGCACGUACACGUAUCUCGAAUGGACGGUUCACAAACAGGUUGUGCUGUUCGUUCGGUAACACUUUAUAAAAACUUUCUAUAACUCCAGUUGUUAACGAACACUAUCAGAUAGCUUGUUAAUGCCCAUUCAAUUCUGAAAAUCCUAAAGGAAACAAUAUAAACCAAAGUUUGGUUUCUUUUUAGCUAUUCGAAUGUACAUUAACUCAUUUUCUGUUAAGCUUAAUACUAUUUGUUAAGUUAAAAAUGAAAGUUAUUAUAAAGUGUCACCUGGUGAAAUAAGUGUGUGGGCAUUUCACUUGGAUGUCGUAAAGUGAUUCAAUUUACGAUUAAAAGGUAAUCUACUAGCCUGUUUUGGUCUGCACAAAUUGUGUGACAUGAAUUUGGUAAAAAAAAAAAAAAAUGAGGGAAUAUUAAAAAUGAAAUAAUCUGAUUUGUGCUUUCUGAUGGGUAUUUGUCAAAUAGUUUUAUUUUACUUACUGUUGCUAUGAAACAGAAAAAAAAAAAUAUAUAUUUUACCCAUCAGUGACGUGGCCUGCUAACUUUUUUUUUUCUUUUCUCAAAACUGUGGCACUUUAUUCAUGAACACUACUAAAUUCAAAUUUCGUACGUAUAAACUUCCGUAGUGUUGAAUAGACUUCGUUUUGUCAUUUACAAAUCAAUUUCUUUAAUAUUCGAAAAAUAGUCUCGCACAUUGGUCUUUGUCGAAACUAGUACAGACUACAAUUCCUAAAUUUGUAUGUACUUAUUUCCUGAUGCUGCAAAAGAAUGUAAAUAUUGAAAACAAAACAGAAUAGAAUAGAAUAGAAGGUUAUUCCACACUGAUGUAAAACCUGGGUAUGUAUUUGUUCAUAAAGCAAAAUUUGAAUACUAUUUUUAGUUGCAUAUAUUGACUUUAGUAAAUAUCCAAAACUGUACGGGAGUGUUUCUUCUUCAUCCCUUUUUUUUAUUUUAUUUAUUUUAUUUUUUUAUUUUAUUUUAUUUUUUUUGCUGAAGAAAACCUCACAUUUUUCCACGAGUUGGACUUUAUUUUUUGGGAGGUCUGUCAUAAGACGCACUUUGAAAUUAUUUGUAAGAUUUUAAAUUCAGAAUUCAGUGUUUAAUCACGUUUUCUAAUUUAUGUAAGCAUGCAAAGGUGAGCAUUUAUUUUUAUUUUUUCCACAUCGUUCAUUUGAGAAAUUGGCUUUCUAAUUUAAGCCACCCAAUAAAGUCAACAUGGAUUCAGCCACAGUGAACGGUUUGCCGUUGAUAUUACUGCAAUGUCCAAUUUCUAUAUAAUAACAUGUGCCGGUGCAGGACCUGUUACGUCAUUUCAAUACCAACUGUAAAAAAUAAAAAUGUUCGAAAUGUUAAAACUGCAA